AUGUUGCAGAAAAUAACACCAGUUUACGAGCUCAACAACAUGUUUAAAGGAUUUCUUGUGGGUUCAUCAUAUGGUUGGUUGGUGAUAUGGGAUGAAACACUGAUUCCACAUCUUAUUAAUCCAUUUUCGAGAGCUCAAAUUCAGCUUCCAUUGAUGAAAUCCGGUAUGAUUAAUAAUAUUGUUCUCUCUUCUGAUCCAUCUCGAACGGAUAAUUUCUUGGUUGCAAUAACGUAUAGUACUUUAAAUAGACUUGCAUUGUGUAAGCAUGGACAUGAAACAUGGACUGAAUUGGAGAAGAAAAAGUCAUAUAGAAAUAUAACAUUUCGUAAUGGUCAAAUAUAUACAGUUGAUAUAUGGGAUUUUCAGAUCAGUGAUCAUUUUCCCACAAAAGUCGUGAAAAUUGAAAAUCUUUAUAGAAUGACAUACCAAUGGUUGCGUAUACAAAAUAAGCCUUGUGAACUAAGGAGGACUUAUUUGGUGGAAUCAUCGGGUGAGCUUUUGAUUGUGGAAAGGAUGUCUGCAUAUAGUGCUCCUUAUUACACAACAGCUACAUUUGGAUUUGUGGUCUCUAAAUUGGAUCAUGAUGAUGUGAAAGGAGGAUGUACAUCCCUACAAACUUUGACAGAUCGAGCUCUUUCUGUAGGAGAUAAGGAAGCAAUAUCUGUAUCAACCAGAGAUUUUCCAAGCUUGAAAGAAAAUUCAAUAUAUUUCAUGGAAAAUUAUUUGAAAGUUUACAGCUUGAAAGAGGAAAAACUUAGCAUGUGUUGGGGUUGGUGA